AUGUCAAUAAAAAGGUCAGAUGCUUUUCAAAAUCAAAUCAAAUCAAUCAAUAAUCGAUUCUAUUUGUAUUUAUCCAAAUGUCAAAAUGAUAUUUCAUGUGCGAAAACCUUCGCACUUGUCACUGGUACUGAUCAAGACAUAAUAACUGUUACAUUAGCAUUACAAAUGCUUUUUCUGACCAAUUUGACAAAUCCUCUAUGUACAACCAAUCUGGGAUUAAAUGAUUGGGAUUUAUUUGCUCUUAUCGCUAGUGAAAGUAUUGAACUUAUAUCUGCUCGUCCACUUGCUGCUAUAUUGAUUGCUCGUCUCUAUCGUUGUUCAAUUGAAGAUCAACGAAUUCUAUCUCGAGCAUUACCAAUUUUAAUUGCUUUGAUAGAAAAAUCGUUAGCACCAAGUUUAAUUGAUCCACCUGAUGUAUAUCCAGAUGAUGGAAAUGUUUUAAGUAUAACAACAGUGUGGAGCGAUUUUGUUGGAUUCACUCUAGAAGAAAAUUUCAAAACAAAUAUUACUUUUUUCAAUGAUUUUUGCAUUAAUAGUGCUGCUAUCAAUAAAUAUUAUUUAGCAUCUACAGGUCCAAUGCCAGUGUGUCGUGAAAUAGAACAUUGGAAAUACAAUUAUACCAUUCCGUCUGUAUUCAGUGAGAUUUUAUAUACGAAAAACCCUCGUUAUUGGGGACAAUUUCAAGUUAAUUCACAGAUUUUUCGAUCGAACAAAGACGGUGCAUUAUUAUUAAAUGGAGAUUUAGAUUAUAAUUCACCAAUGUAUUCAGCACAACAAACACAAAUAUGGUUUCAAUCUGAACAUAUACCUACAAAACUGAUUGAAAUGAAAGGUUUGACUCAUGUCACUAGUGUACAAUCGUAUACGAAACAAGGUGGAUUUCAAUCAACAACAUGUACAGAUCAAAUUGUUGUUCAAUUAUUGUAUCAAAACGAGUUGAAUUUAAAUUUAGACACGAUAGAUUAUACGUGUAGUUCGAAAGAAAAUUUAAUUGGUAUAGAUUGGUUGUAUUCGAAUCCGAUUGUCAAUCAAACAUUGUAUACACUAUUUGGUAAUUCAACUACAAACUAUUGGGGAACAAAUACAACAGUAAAAGGAUUAACUAAACGAAGAAAAAAACCCACCGUAAAUCAAUCUGAAAAAUUUUAUGCCGAACGCAUGUACUUACACAAUUGA